UAUCGUCUGCCGGUUCAAAACUAAAGAAAGAUGGACGCGAAGAAGCAGAGAAAGGCAAAUUUUAGCGAUGUGGAGGUGGAAGUAUUAGUGGACGCGGUGGGAACUAGCUACAAGGUUUUGUAUGGAAAGUUCUCACCGUGUCUGACUAACAACAUGAAGACAAUGGCAUGGGAGUCGGUGACAGAGAAAGUAAACGCCGUAAGUCUGCAGUGCACAAGAGGGGUAGUGGAAGUAAAAAAAAAGUGGCAAGACAUGCAGUCUGCAGUCAAGAAGAAGGAAGCUCAACGGAGGAAAAACUUGACGCAAACUGGAGGAGGGCCUUCACAGCUCCCCAUGUUGAAGCCUUGGGAGGAGAAAAUAUUGCAGUUGAUUCCUCAGUCAGCCAUAUCUGGAAUUGAGGAUGGGGUGGACACCAGUGAAGUCAGGUCUUCCCUUCAGAUGUCCCAAAAACCAAGUUGCCUUGAGAUACAGCCAUUUAUUGUCACUGAGGUUCCAGCUGAAGAACUUGAAAAUCUAGACACUAAUAGUGAUGUGCCAGUUGUCUCUCAAUCUGAAGAAGAAUCUUCUUUGUCAGAACCGUCAACUUCUAAAGGAAAACGGAAAGCUCAAACAUUUAAUGAGUACAGCUACGGAUCUCAGCGCCUCAUUGAAAUUGAGGAGGAGAAGCUUUCAAUCAAAAAGCAGAGACUGGAAAUUGAAAAAGAGAGGCUCGAGAUUUUGAAGAACUUUUAUGCUUUGUUUUCUUCUUCAAAUGUUCAAUCUGUUUGUAAUCUUUUGUCUGAGUUUUAAUUAGUA